UUGGGUGUAACUUUCUAAACACUUGAGGGCAGUGCUGAAGUUUUCUCUUGGCUGCACAGAUCCAGAGGAUGGGUUACGGUUAAACCAUUAAAUGGUUCCUGAGAGCAGCUGUGUCUGCAGCUCUCCCCUCCACCAGGAGAUGGAUGAAAUGCAGAUUUCACACUGAGGAGCGGGACAGCUAACAGGACGUUAAAUAAGUGAGAGCAACAACAGUCAGCCAUGGAUGCACGUAGAAUACAUGUGGGCAAUGCAGCAGGGGGCUAAAUGUCCAUCGCUGGACUGAUGUCAUUCACGCGUUAAUAUGUGUGAAGUAACAUCAGCCUAAAGGAAAAACCUGCAGGAGCAUCAAGAGCUGCAUUUCAGAUCAGAUUCAAACAUGAAUGUUUUCUCAGUUCUGUAUUCAGCUUGUUAACAAACUCUAAAGCAUUUCUAACUUUCAUUCAGAGUGUGAGCUGCAGCCUGCUGGAACCGUGGGGAGUUGAAGCAGCAGCUCUCAGAGCGGGUCGGAGCAGAUGAACGCCGGAGUCAAACUUUCACUUCCUGUCAGCUUCACAAAUGUGAAACGUGAAACCUUGGAGCCGAGGACGUUAAAGAGGAUCUCCUCUCUAAUGGAAUGUCGGCCGUGGAGGAGCUCCUACUCUGGUUGAGUGUCUUCUGUCCAUUAUCUCCAGCUGCUGAUGCGCCCCCAACGCUGAAGACGCCCCCGUCUUCUUCUCGACCGCUGCGAAGAGGAAGCUGUGGUUCUCAGCGCUUCCUCAGACGACCGUUGCUGCUCGAGAAAACACAUUCUCCAUCGGGACGUUCUUCAUCAUGUCUCGCUCGGUUCUCCUCCUCUGCCUCCUCGUGAGCUCCUCCAGCUCUCCGGCUCCUCCUCGCCGCUCCUUUCCUCUCAACUCGACGGAGAGACCCGUCCAGCUGUUCCGGCUGCAGAACGUCACCACCAUGUUCCUCAGCAGCGACGGCUCCACCCUCUACGUCGGCGCUCGAGACGCCGUCCUGUCAUUGGACGUCAGUCAGGGAGGACACAUGACCCAGAAGCAGCGAGUGUCAUGGCGUCCGACGGACGACGAAGCUGAAGACUGCAGGAAGAAAGGAAAAGAUUCUACGGUGGACUGUCCUAACUUUGUCCACGUCUUGCUGCCUCUGAACUCCACCCACCUCUACGCCUGUGGGAGCUACGCCUUCAGCCCUCAAGACGCCUUCAUCGACCACCUAACCUUCUCCAUGGUCAACGGUCCAUCGCGGCGCUGCCCGUACAGCCCCUUCCAGAGGAGCUCCGCCCUCGUCUCGGACGGCGAGCUGUUCACCGCCACCACCACCACCUUUAAAGGAAUCAUGCCCCAAAUCUCCCGUCACUUCAGCAGAGACGGACGUCCGGACGUCAUUCUGGACAACUACGUCAGUCUGCUGGACGAGCCGGUCUUUGUGAGCUCGUCCGCUGACUCGGCAAACGGGAAAAUCUACUUUUUCUUCUCGGAGUUCGGGAAUGAGUUCAGCUUUCAGGAGAAGCUGCGGAUCCCUCGGGUGGCACAAGUCUGCAAGGACGACGUGGGAGGAGAGAGGACCCUGCAGAAGAAGUGGACCUCCUUUGCCAAAGCCCCCCUGCUCUGCCGGCCCCCCAACCGGCCCCCCCACAACAUCCUGCAGGAUAUGUUCACGCUCCCGCCACCAGAGGGCAGCAGCUCCUCUGAGACGCUGUUCUACGGCGUCUUCACCUCGCAGUGGUCCGGCCAGUCGGAGUCGGCCGUCUGCGUCUUCAGGCUGCAGGACAUCACGACCGUCUUCUCCGGGAGUUACCGGAAGCUGGACAAGAACACCCUGCGCUGGAGUCCGUUCUCUGGGAAACACCUGGGAAAGUGCGGACUGGCGAGUUCUCCGGAUGCUGACCUGGAGGCGGUGAGGACCAGUUUCCUCACGGCCCGCAGCGUGAGACCCGUCAGAAACGGACCGGUUCUGGUUUCUACUGAGCAGCGCUACAGCCACGUGGCCGCGAUGACGGCGAGGGCGGCGAACGGCAAGCAGUUCACGCUCCUGUUCCUGGUGACCGACUCAGGUUUCCUCCAUAAGGUGGUUUUGUUCGAUCAGGAUCCCAGAAUCCUUGAGGAGGUUCAGCUGUUCACUGGACCUCAGCGGGUCGGGAGCCUCGUUCUCUCCUCAGCAAAGGGAGUUCUGUACGUGGGAACGUCUGAGGGGGUCAUGACUGUGCCUUUGGCCACAUGCUCCGCCCACAGGACCUGCAGCCAGUGUGUUCUGUCCCGGGACCCUCUGUGUGGGUGGAGCCAGAGCAGGAGGGUCUGCACGGGUCUUAGCGGCAGUGAGGAGGACGUGAUUCAAAACCUUGAGAACGGAAUCGAGCAGAUGGAAUGUCCUGAAGAAAGACCUGAAAUCAGAGACGUUAGCGUUAGCUUGAACCAGGCGGUUCGACUCCAGUGUGAGAAACCGUCCAGCCUGGCCGUCCUGAGCUGGACGUCCCCUCAGAGGAAGUUCCUCCCGGAGACGCUCUUCAUCCGCUCUCCUGACGGCGGCCUCAGCUUCCUGGCCUCCGCUCAGACCCUGGGGACCUACAGCUGUGAGGCGGAGGAGGCGGGUCACAGGGAGGUGGUCGUGAGCUACAGAGUUCUGGAGACCUUCACUCCUCGCUCCAUCGUCCCUCAGCCAGGAGAGGACUUUGAGGACAUCUCAACUGAAACCGCGGUGCCUGAGGACUCUGUGAACACUCCGGAUCCUCCAGUGCUGGAAACCCCGUCAGCAGAAGAUCCCGGGAAACCUGCGGCCACAACCAAAGCUGGUCCAGAUGUUCCCACAAAACCUGCAUACAAAACCAGCUCCUCGACCUCCAGGACAGAGAACCAGAUCUCCAUGGAUGUGCCUCGCAGAGAGAAGAGCUUCUACGGCGAGCUGGUGGUGGUUUCUCUGCUGCUGGCCGCCAGCGUCUGCGUGAUGGCUGUCGGAGCGUUCGUGGUGUGGAGGCAGAAGAAGACGGGCCUCCACUCAGAUCAUCUGCUCAUGGGGGAGGACAGCAGCAAGACCCACACCAUCAUGGAGAUCUGUUCUCUGGAGAGCACGAAGGAGGCGGCGUCUGAGCUGAAGAACGGGGAGUGACGGGAAGACCUCCUCCAGGGGUUUCUGCCUUCAGGAGAAUCUAAAAACAUAUCCUCAAUUUCAAACAGUUUUUUCUUUUGAAAAACUCUUGAAGCAGAAUGUCACCUUGUAAACCACUAAUGUGAAUAUUUUUGGAAAUGUUGACAAAAAAAAUUCCCCAUGUGAAAUCAAGUAGGCGGAGCUUUCAAAUAUGAUUGAAAUGAAAUCAAAUCAAAUUCUUCCCGUUCGACAUGAAGGACGCAGAAGUUCGAAGGUCACAUUGCUUUGACCUCUUUGAAGUUCUGACUCCAUGCAGACGACACACUUGUUUAUUUUUGACAGGAUACAUUUUGUGACCAAAAAACUUCUUUGCUUCAAGUUUUACGAAGAAAAAGUGAAGCGGGUUUUAUUUUGAAGGUCAAACGUAGUCUCUACUCUGUCAGGACUUCUUGGUCCACGUCCAGAAGACGUUGGUUCAUCGUGACUCGGAAUCGUCUCUCAGGUGUGAAUGUUUGCGGUUGUGUCUCUGCAAUGGACUGACGAACCCUCCAGGGAGAAGCUCACCUCCCCCCACUGUAGCUGGGAUAGGCUCCAGCAACCCCCAGCUCCAAAAGGGCCUAAACGGGUUUGAAACUAGACGAAUGAAUGUUUUUGAUGCACAUGUGAGAUGUUUAUCGUGGUUUUAUUUAUGCAGCCGUGACCUCAGACUCAGUUCAUCCUCUGUUUUAUACAAUGAUGAUUGUUUGUGUUUAUUGUAAAUAUGAUGACGUGUCCCAUCUAAAGUACAUUAAUAAUUUGUUUGUGAUUUACCAAUAGAAUAUCAGAAUGUCUGGAUUAUUAGAACGUUUGGAGGUCUUUCACUCACAUUUGAUGUCACUUUGUCUCCCCCUUGUGUCAGUGAUGAGAACAUCUGAUCAGAGGUUGGUUGGAAACUUCAGAGUUUCUGAGGUUACACUGAAAAGAUGCUGAUGUGCUUAAAGAAUGAAUAAAGUUUGAAUUGACUCAGUGAAA